UAUAAGGAAAAUGUAAGAAAUUUAUGUGACUCCGGUUUGCUGCGUAGGGGAAUGGUUCCUCCCUCAGUUGCUUCCUUCCUCUUGUGUCCACCCAGUUCCCCCUUUCAUUUUCCAUUCAAUAAUUCAAACACCAGUUAAUGGCUACCCUUCUAUUCCACCACAAUUCGCCUCAGAUAUUCUCUUCCUCCUUCUUCUUCUCACAGCAUUAAACGCCGUCGUUUUCAUGACUCCAUAAUUCACCGGAAGCAGAACAACAACAAGAAGCAGCAGCAGCAGCGCGAGUUCACAUGGGAUUGGGAACAACCGCGAGAAGCAGAAGAAGAAUCGUCAUCGAAGAAGGUUCUAGAACAAGAACACACAACAACACCAACAACGCCGAUGCCGAUGGAGCUGGAGCAGGAGCUAGGUUCAACAACAAUCCAGCGUUCCUUCGACGCGCGCUACACCCGCCACGCGCGCGACUCGCUCGGCGAAUUGCCUGACAGCUUCACCAUCACCGACCCCUCCAUCCCCGGCCACCCCAUCGUCUUCGCCAGCCCGGGCUUCCUCAAGCUCACGGGCUACUCCCUCCGCGAAGUCCUGGGCCGGCCCGCAGCCAUCUUCCAGGGCCCACGAACAUCCCGAAAAUCCGUAAUCGAAAUUCGCGAGGCCGUUAGAGAGGAGCGAAACGCGCAGGUCGUUUUACUCAACUACCGCAGAGACGGUACGCCGUUUUGGAUGCUUUUUCGUGUUUCCCCUGUUUUCAGCAGCGACGGUGGCGCCGUCGUGCACUUUGUUGCCGUACAGGUACCGCUUCAGAAAAAAGAAGGGUCCGGAGUGAGGGAUUUCGGGUUCGGGUGCUGUCGGAAGGAAGUGUGCGUGGAUUCGUUGGCGGAGAUUGAUCGCGUUUGUUCAUUGGAGCAAGUGCUCGAACCUGAUGUCAGAGCUUUGUGGGAUGCAGAAGUGGAGAGAGAAGAGCCGUGUGAGGCGAGUGAUGAUGAGAAGCGAAGUGCUGUUACUGCCAUGGACAGUAUAUUUUCUGUGCUAACCCAUUACAGUGAGGCCACAGGGAGAUUGGUGUGUAGAAAGAGGUCCAGCAUUCCUGACGUGGGUCUUUUAAGCACAUCCUUGAUUAUUUCUCUUGGUAGAAUCAAACAAAGCUUUGUAUUAACUAAUCCGCAUUUACCAGACAUGCCUAUUGUUUAUGCUAGUGACGCCUUCUUGAAAUUGACAGGUUAUGCAAAAAAUGAAGUUUUGGGCCACAACUGUAGAUUUUUAGGUGGAACAGAUACCGAUACCUCGACUUUACAUCUGAUAAGGGAAAGCAUUAAAACAGAACAACCAUGCACAGUACGUAUUUUGAAUUACAGGAAGGACAAAAGCUCAUUUUGGAAUUUUCUUCAUAUCUCACCCGUUCGUGAUGCUUCUGGCAAGGUUGCAUACUUUGUGGGAGUUCAAAUAGAAGACAACAAUAAAAACGAUGAUAGCCAUUGUUUGAGUCCUGAGAAGAGACAACUUAGUGUGGUUGGUGUAGUCAAGGUUGCAGUGAGGAGUUUAUCAAUGACUGCGGGAUCUUCUGAGUCGUAGCAAAAGGAUCAUGUGAGUUUGGAACAAAUAAUAUUUGCCUACUUCCCAGAAAUAUUAAUCCAUUCGAAAAAAUAAUCAAUCUCAAUUGGUGAUUGUUGAGAUGAUAGAAAGGUAAAAGAAUUAAUUUGUGAAGAAGAAAAAAAAAGAGAGUCCAUACUGUCAAUUGUAAGAAAACAUUCUCUGUUGGACGUGUAUAAAUAAAAUGUAUUAUAUUUCCUAACUGCAUUUAUUUUCCGUAAUGUAGCAAUAAAAGUUGACUUGUACUAUUUUCA